GAAACAACUUCAGGGAGGAAGCUGCUGCAGUUUUAUGCCAAGCUCUGUCGUCCAAUUACCGAAUUAGGUCACUGAACCUCAGCCACAACCAUUUCAAUGAUGUAGGAGGGGAGCACCUGGGACAGAUGCUCGCCCUCAAUGUAGGGCUCCAGUCGCUGAACCUAAGCUGGAAUCACUUCCACAUUCGGGCAGCUGUGGCCCUGUGUAACGGUCUCCGGUCUAACGUGACCCUGAAGAAAUUGGAUGUCUCCAUGAAUGGCUUUGGGAAUGAAGGAGCUCUGGCCCUGGGGGAUGUCCUCAAACUCAACAGCUGUCUGGUCUACAUAGAUGUCAGUAGAAAUGGCAUCACCAAUGAGGGAGCCUCGAGAAUCAGCAGGGGACUAGAAUACAAUGAGAGCCUCCAAGUGCUGAAGAUUUUCCUGAACCCUAUGAGUAUGGAGGGGGCAGUUUUUCUUAUCAUGGCCAUCAAGAGGAACACCAAAUCUAGGAUGGAAGAGCUUGACAUCUCUAACAUUUUGGUAACAGAGCAGUUUGUAAAAGUCCUGGAUGGGGUCUGUGCCAUUCACCCCCAGCUGGAUGUGAUAUACAAGGGAUUUCCGGGUCUCUCCUGCAAGAGUACCGUCUCUCUGUGUAUCAGCCCCAUGAAACUGAUCCAGAACUAUGCAGAUCAACAGAAGAUCUCAGUCUUGGAGUUCUUCAAGAGCUUGAAUCCAUCGGGAACAAUGACAAUGCCUGUGGGGGAUUUCCGGAAAGCCUUGAUACAGCAAGACAAGGUUCCCAUCAACCGGUACCAGAUCAGGGAGAUCAUAAAGAGGUUGGAUGAGAAGAAUGGCGUGGUGGACUUCAGCUCGCUCGCAUAGCAAGACUUGAGCAAGACAGUGGGACCUGUGCCUGAGGAACUCCAGCCCACAAGAAAAAGCGACAAUGUUCAGGCCUCCAAGUUUGAUCAGCCACUGGGAUGCAGGAGCCCAUACCGCGCAGACCCCUCCACGGCUCUGUGUUCUCUCAGUCGAUCCGCGUUACUAAGAACUACCGUGCACUUGUGUAGUAAGGAAGAAAAGCUGACCCCUGGGCAGAUUUCCACAGCCAGUCCCCCAUCUGGGCAGCCCUCACGGCAGCAGCAAGCCCAGCCCAACAAGCCAGCCAGCAGGAGCCUGGAGGCUGCCUUGCACCUUUUCGCCACCAGGGGGCAGUUUGAAGGGACUCGCUCUGCAGACGUCAAAGCGGAGAAAUAA